CGGGGAGCCCCCGCCGCCAGUGCACGCGCACAAGCACCGAACGCGGGGCGGGGGCGCCCAGAGCCCCGUGCGCCCCGGACUCCCGGCCCCCCAUUCCCGAACGCCUGGCCCGCGCCUUCCGCCCUCAGCUUGUCCGUCCCAAGCAAGUUGCACGAACCAAGCCAUUUUAUGUGUUUUGGCCUAGAUAUCGUGUGUUUCCAUGAAUGUUUUAAGUAGCCUCUACAAGACUGUUACAGGGUUCCCACUGGGAAAGAACACAUAUAUCGGAGAAUAGAGGGCCAGAUUCUCAGAGCACAUGAGCAUUUAAACUUCUAGGUGGGGAUGCCGAAGGACUUAAUUGAACUGGAGACAUUGCAAUUAUGUGUGAAGCCCUCAUUUUAUCAACCCAGCUAGAAAGAUCUGCCUGCCGUUCCUUCAUGUCAGUUUUCUCCCUAAUUGUCUAUAUUGACCAAGUAAUCAAUUCACUUUUCAUAGAAGGGCCAGAUUAAAUAUUUUCCACAUCUUUGUAUGAUGAGCUGAGCCCAUUUUAAAAUGUUUAUUGAAGGUAUCCAUUUUAAUUUUAAAAAACCGUCUUGUUUUACACUUACCUAGGAUUACCAAAAUUAAAAAAGCCACACAGUGCCCCUCCCCAAUCAAACCUAACCCCCAAACCAAGACUGCAAAAGUGACCCAGGUAUUUUUAUCUCAAAUGUCGGAUGUUCUCAUCCAAGGCUAGUUUGUGUUCCACGUGGGUGCGUGUGUAUGAAUGUUCAAGGGGGUGGGGGGUGACUUAGAGGUUUAAAGAUCUGCAGAAACUAGUGUCUACUUAACUUGGCUUAUAACACAUGGGUUUUACCCGGUAUCAGCCCCUGGAUUAUAGUAACAAACCCCUCAAUGUCUUGCUCCAAUGUGCAAUCGUUUAUGUUAUGCUGUAUUAAGAUUUCUUUUUUGUGUCAUAUUGUUUAGCUUCGGAAAGAAAAAAAAAAGAAAACAAAGCAAUUAAAAAGAUUGACAGGUAUGGUUUGUGAGAGACCUAUUUGUAAUUGUCAGGGUGACGUUGGCGAGAGGAGGAGGAGUAAAAGCCGAAGCAGGAAAAGCAGCUCGAUGUGUCUGUCUAUCAGUUGAGACUGUCUGAAAGCUCUGCGAUCCGAAUGUGUGUUAUAUUUCACUGAAAAGAGAAGGGAGCGAGAGUGCAUCUCCCUCUCUCCCAGGAGUUUGGGGGGGGACGGUCCACGCUCCUCUCGCCCACCCAGUGAAUGUCCGCUCUUCGCCCCUCUGCACACACUCUCCGGGUUGUUGUUGUUGGCUUUUUUUUUGGGGGGGGGGUGCUUUUUGUGUAUUUUUCAAAAUUUUUCCUGUCGCAAGAUCAAGACCGGCCAAAAAUCCAUGAUCAAAAUGUGUUUGCAUUAGAUUUCGCAGAGGAAGAAACGGCGACCCUGGCGGCGAAGCCCCGCGGAGAGCGCGGGGCAGCAAGUGGCGCUCCGGCGGGGUGACACUGUUUGAUGUGUGACUGUUUGGAAGGUGGAGCAGCGCCUGACAUCUCCCCCCGGCGCAUAUUCUACCUGUCUUCUUCCUUGCCUGGGAUAUAUAUACACUUCAGUUAGAAGGAAGAGGCUCAGAAGCAUGAACUAUGAGGAAAACGCGCUCUGCACAGCAGGGGGAAAGCCUGGGCUUAUGUUCCUGAGGAAGAACUGAAGGCAGCAGAAAUAGAUGAAGAGAACGUGGAGGAGGAUGGGCUGUCUCUGGACAUCCCGGAAAGCGACUACGUGUGCAAUGAGGACGCGGAGAUCAAGGAAGCUCAGAGCUACCAGAACUCCCCCGUCAGCACCGCGACGAACCAGGACGCUGGCUACGGGUCGCCCUUCAGUGAGAACAGCGACCAGCUAGUCCAUUUCAAAAGCUCUUCCUCCAGGGAAGAGAAGGAGGAUCCGCAGGGCCCGGACAGCGUCUCCUAUCCCCAGGACAGCUUGGCUCAAAUCAAGGCUGUGUAUGCAAACUUGUUCUCCGAGUCCUGCUGGUCCAGCUUAGCUUUGGAUUUGAAGAAGUCGGGUUCGACCACCAGCAACAACGAUGCGGGCCAGAAGGAGAGCUCCACCCCCGCCCCCACGCCCCCCGCCAGCAUGGCGGGCACCACGGGCACCACGGCCAGCACCCCCAGCUCCGGCUCCGGCUCGGGCUCCGGCGGCUCGGGCUAUGACUGGCACCAGGCCGCCCUGGCCAAGACGCUGCAGCAGACGUCCUCGUACGGGCUGCUCCCCGAGCCCAGCCUCUUCAGCACCGUGCAACUCUACAGGCAGAACAACAAACUGUACGGCUCGGUGUUCACGGGCGCCAGCAAGUUCCGCUGCAAGGACUGCAGCGCCGCGUACGACACGCUGGUGGAGCUGACCGUGCACAUGAACGAGACAGGGCACUACCGUGACGACAACAGGGACAAGGACUCCGAGAAGACCAAGCGGUGGUCCAAGCCCAGGAAGCGCUCGCUUAUGGAGAUGGAAGGCAAGGAGGACGCCCAGAAGGUGCUCAAGUGCAUGUACUGCGGCCACUCCUUCGAGUCCCUGCAGGACCUGAGCGUCCACAUGAUCAAGACAAAGCAUUACCAGAAAGUGCCUCUGAAGGAGCCAGUGCCAGCCAUCACCAAGCUGGUCCCUUCCACCAAGAAGCGCGCCCUGCAGGACCUGGUGUCCCCGUGUUCCCCCGAGCCGGCGGGGCUUGCCGCCGACGCCGUGCUGAGCGAGUCGGCCAAGGACCAGAAGGCCGCCAACCCCUACGUGACGCCCAACAACCGCUACGGCUACCAGAACGGUGCCAGCUACACCUGGCAGUUCGAGGCCCGCAAGGCGCAGAUCCUCAAGUGCAUGGAGUGCGGGAGCUCACAUGACACGCUGCAGCAGCUCACCGCCCACAUGAUGGUCACCGGCCACUUCCUCAAAGUGACCACCUCGGCCUCCAAGAAGGGGAAGCAGCUGGUGCUGGACCCCGUGGUGGAAGAGAAGAUCCAGUCCAUACCUUUGCCCCCCACCACGCACACCCGGCUGCCCGCCUCCCACAUCAAGAAGCAGCCCGACUCUCCCGCGGGCGCCACACCCUCCGAGGACAAGAAGGAGCCCGAGAAGGACAAGGCGCCGGCGGCCGGCGAGGCAGAGAAGAAGGUCAAGGAGGAGAGCGAGGACGCCCCCGAGAAGUUCGAGCCCACCGCCCUGUAUCAGUACCUCCGCGAGGAGGACCUGGACGACAGCCCCAAGGGCGGGGUGGACAUCCUGAAGUCCCUGGAGAACACGGUCUCCACGGCCAUCAGCAAAGCGCAGAACGGCGCGCCCUCGUGGGGCGGCUACCCCAGCAUCCAUGCGGCCUACCAGCUGCCCGGAGCCGUGAAGCCGCUGCCUGCCGUGCAGAGCGUGCAGAUGCAGCCGUCCUACGCGGGCGGCGCGAAGUCGCUGGCCUCAGAGCACAGCGCACUGCUGCACUCCCCGGGGAGCCUCACGCCACCGCCGCACAAGAGCAACGUGUCGGCCAUGGAGGAGCUGGUGGAGAAGGUCACCGGCAAGGUCAGCGUGAAGAAGGAGGAGCGGCCCGCCGAGAGGGAGAAGGGCUCUCCGGCCAAGGCUGUGUCCCCCGUGGCCAAAGAGAAUAAAGACUUGCCGCGCGCGGAGGACGGCGGCGGCAAGGCGCAGCAGAAGAAGGGCCCCGAGGCGGAGGCGGGGAAGGCCAAAAAGGAGGGUGUGCUGGAUGCGCACACCCCAAACGGCACCGAGCCUCUGAAAGCCAAAGUCACCAACGGCUGUAAUAACCUGGGGAUCAUCACGGACCACUCGCCGGAGCCCUCCUUCAUCAACCCGCUGAGCGCGCUGCAGUCCAUCAUGAACACCCACCUGGGCAAAGUGUCCAAGCCCGUGAGCCCGUCGCUGGACCCUCUGGCCAUGCUGUACAAGAUCAGCAACAGCAUGCUGGACAAGCCGGUCUACCCUGCCACCCCCAUCAAGCAGGCGGACGCCAUCGACCGCUAUUACUACGACAACAGCGACCAGCCCAUCGACCUGACCAAGUCCAAAAGCAAGCCCCUGGUUUCCAGCGCGGCUGACCCCGUGGCGUCGCCUCUCCGGGAGAGCGCCCUCCUGGACAUCUCCGACAUGGUGAAGAACCUCACUGGCCGGCUCACCCCCAAGUCCUCCACGCCCUCCACCGUGUCGGAGAAGUCCGACGCCGACGGCAGCAGCUUCGAGGAAGCGCUGGACGAGCUGUCACCUGUGCACAAGAGGAAGGGGCGACAGUCCAACUGGAACCCGCAGCACCUGCUCAUCCUGCAGGCCCAGUUCGCCUCGAGCCUGCGGGAGACGCCGGAGGGUAAGUACAUCAUGUCGGACCUGGGCCCUCAGGAGCGCGUGCACAUCUCCAAGUUUACCGGGCUGUCCAUGACCACCAUCAGCCACUGGCUGGCCAACGUGAAGUAUCAGCUGAGGAGGACAGGGGGUACCAAGUUCCUGAAGAACCUGGACACAGGGCAUCCUGUUUUCUUUUGCAACGAUUGUGCCUCUCAGUUCAGAACUGCUUCUACGUACAUAAAUCAUCUAGAGACACACUUAGGCUUCAGCUUGAAGGAUCUCUCCAAGCUGCCACUAAAUCAGAUUCAAGAACAGCAGAAUGUUUCAAAAGUCCUGGCAAACAAAGCUUUGGGCCCGAUAGGGGCUGCCGAGGACGAUGUGGGCUCCACAUUCCAGUGCAAGCUCUGCAACCGGACUUUUGCGAGCAAGCACGCAGUCAAACUGCACCUUAGUAAGACCCACGGCAAGUCCCCGGAGGACCACCUGAUCUAUGUGACGGAGCUGGAGAAACAAUAGCCCCCAGGUAUGCGAGGGACCGCGGCACAUUGCACUACACAUUGUCUUUGUACUGCACUAGGCCUGGCUGAGCCUCCGAAAUCAGCCUUCCCUUUUGUUGCCGAGCUGGCUGUCUGGACCUUGGUUUUUCUUACACAUAUUUUGUAGUUAUAUUUAUAUGCUCUUUGUCCGAUUGUGCAUGUUAUUUUUCUUUUUCCGUGAGUCAAAGUCUGACCUUUAUUUUCAACAUCUGUUCUUGAUGUUAAGCUAUCUUUUGUAGGAAAUAGUGGGGCACACUACUCAGAGACAUUUAUUUAGCAGAAAAGAAAGACACAAAUAACAAUGAUAAAAAGACAUCCUAAAAUUACAAAGUUGCCAUGACAAUAAAGGUCACAGAACCUAGUGGUGUCAGAUUUAACCCUUUGAGGACUGCAAUUGCAUUUCUGUGCCUUUCACUCAAAAAAAAAAAAAAAGAAAGAAAAAAAGGCUUAAAGGCAUUUCAUUCAGAUCAAAAGCUGUGUCAGACACAAAACUUAUUUAAUAAUUAAAAAAUGAGCUUUUAUAUGCAGAACUGGUUUGUGAAGGAAACAUGCAUGCAGCUGUUGGAAGAUAGAAAGUUGUCUAGGACUCGUGGGGUUAGGAAGCCACAGUUUUACACGUUGAAGACAAAAAAAAACAAAAAAAAAAAAACCACGAAACAAAAAACCCACCACCACCACCACCAAACACCCCAGUUGCCACUAUGCCCAAACCCUCUGGAUGCUGAAAAAAAAUGCCACUUUCGGCAAAAAAAGUAUGCAAGCUAUUAUUUAAAAAUGUGUAAAAAUGCUAUUUCUUUUUUCCUGUAAAAUACUGCGGUUUAUAGUUAUUUACAAAUGUAAGCUUUGGUAUAAGCUGACCUUUCUAUAGCGUGCUGCAUUGGUAAAUGAAAAAAACAUGGGGCAGACGUUGGAGUCCUUUCCUUGUAAAUUGCCAGCAUCAGCUUAAACCCCCUAUAUGUUACAUAUCGUACCAUUUUAAUCUAUUCAACUUUCUUUGUACCUUCUGGCUGUAUGCUUUCUCUUUUAACUUUUUAUAUUGUCAUUUUAUAUUAAAUUUCUGUGUAUAUAAUGUAAAACCACAAUUUUUGAAUAAAAUUUAGUUCCUGCGCUUGAUUUAAAUAGAGAAAUUUUACUGGCACCUGCUGCAUCUUUCCAGAUGCAUGUAUAUCAGACAAAAAUAAAUAAAUGAAAACAAAGCAAGCAAUGCACUAUUAAUUAUACAUUUUGAUGUUCUGUCAUUAAUAUUGUACAGUACAUUUUGGUUCACACAAUUAAAUCCACUGUUUUCUCAAAUGUAAAAUAAACCCACAAGCAGUUCUUGAUUUACA